GAACACCGAUGCGGCGUAGCGCAUCUUUUUACUCACCCUAACAAGUGUCCCCCCCCCCCUCCUCACUCCCCCCCACCCCCCAACACCGGGGCAUGCGUCGGGAUGUUCGACCUGAAGGGAGGAUGGAAUCUGUCUUUCGCCGGCUGCGGGUUUUUGGGAAUCUACCACGUCGGCGUGGCCAGCUGUCUGCUGGAGAAAGCCCCCUACCUCGUCAAGGGGGCGACGCGGAUCUACGGGGCUUCAGCCGGGGCCCUGACGGCGUCCAUUCUCGCCAGCCAAGCAUCCAUAACUAAAUGCUGCGAGGAUGUGAUCGAGGUGGUUAAGGAGGCGAGAAAGAGGAACUUGGGGCCCCUUCACCCGUCUUUCAACCUGGUCAAAGUGCUCAGGACGGGCCUGAGCCGCGACCUGCCCUCGGACGCCCAUACCCUGGCCACGGGGAGGCUGUGCGUGUCCCUCACACGCGUCUCCGACGGACAGAACGUCUUGGUUUCGGACUUCAGCUCCAAAGAGGAGCUCAUGCAGGCCCUGAUCUGUAGCUGUUUCAUCCCCAUCUACUGCGGCCUGAUCCCCCCGUCCUUCCGCGGCGUGCGCUACGUGGAUGGGGGGAUCAGCGACAACCUCCCCCAGUCGGAGCUGAAGAACACCAUCACCAUCUCUCCGUUUUCGGGCGAGAGCGACAUCUGCCCCCGCGACAACUCCACCAGCUUCCACGAGCUGCGCUUCACCAACACCAGCAUCCAGAUGAACGUGGGCAACAUGUACCGCCUCAGCCGGGCCUUCUUCCCGCCCGAACCCAAGAUAAUGGCAGAAAUUUGUCAGAAUGGUUACAAAGAUGCUCUGCGCUUCUUGGAACACAACAAUCUGCUCCGGCUGGAGAUCCCCGCCGCCGGCCCGCCCCUCUCAGAGGCCCCGCCCACCUGCUGCUGUCAGCACACCGAGACCAACAGGGAGUGGGUCCUCCGGAGGCUCCGCCUACUUCGGAAGCAGCACUGGUGGUUGGACGAGCAGAUCGACCUGCCGACGGCUAUCAAGAAAGUGUUCUGUGAGGCGUGCCAAGACAAGCCCGGCCUGUACGCCAAGGUGUCGGAGAUGCUGCCGGUCCGCAUGGCCUCUUACAUGCUCAUGCCCUACACUCUGCCCGUACAGUCGGCCUACUCGGUAGCCCAGAGGUUUCUGGAGUGGAUCCCGGAGGUGCCGGCUGACGUGCGCUGGCUGUUUGGGGUGGCAGGAGACGUGUACAGCAAGACGAGGAGUGGCCGGGCAGCAAACGGCACGCCAAACCUGAGGAAGUGCCAGAGUUUGCCGGCGUCCACGGAGGGCGCCGUACACGUGGAAAACCUCCCGACUCUCUCAGCCAUUGACCUCCACGGCAACUACUGGGACAUUCCCAGUACGGCCUCCCUCGCCUCCGGCCAAGAUGCGCCGAGCCACGUCCGCACGCCGAGCCACGUCCGCACGCCGAGCCACGUCCGCACGCCGAGCCCCUCCCCCCGGCAGGUCUGCUUCUUCGUGGGCUUGCAGGACGAAGCCCACGGCGCUGCGCAUCAAUGAAAAACAGAAAAAGCAGGAGAGCUUUUGGGACUUUACCGACAAACAGGACAGGACAGUCAAACUUGGGCUCCCGCCCGCUACCGCUCAGUUCCAGGAGCUGUUGGGACUGAUGAUCGAUUGAGGUUUGACCAAUGAGAAUGAUUUUAGGAAUUCCACGUCACCAAGCCAAUGACCAAUGACACACGAGUGUCUCGACGGACAUGUCCCUGACUCCAAACGUUCCAGGUGGCAACAAGUAUAUUGUGUUUUAAGGAGCCCUCUGCUACUCAUGGAAGUGUUUGGGAUUUUUGUGUGGCACAAUACCGUGUCCAGUUUCACCACCUAGCCAUUUCUCCGCCUCCCUUUUUACCUGUUUAAACUGAUCACAUAGCUAUAUGGCCUGAGAGUCGUCUUGGAGCCUUAUGAGGACUUGCACGCAGCAGAAGAAGUUCGACUGACUCUCAGGCCGAAGACCAUGUAUGAACAUGAAAUGGAAAUAACAGCGGCUCACUAAUUUUGACAAUCUGUAAAAAUUGUACAGUGUUUACAUGCACCUUUAGUCACUUUACGCCGACGUGCCUUUCUGCCAAGCUGUAAGUCUCUGCGCUGACAUGACCGGACUCAAUUAAGGGUUUCGGUAUUUCCUCUAGUGGCUUUAUUUUUCUCUGUCUUCCUCUUCUUCGUGACGCCUGUCGGUGGUGAUGGUCAUACAGCGCCUGCAGGUGCCACGGUGUCAUUUGAUUUCACUAGUUUUCUUUGUUAGCUGCUGCCAAAUUGACCUAAUAACGAGGUUAAUACUGAGCCAAUAGAGCAACCACUACACAUCUCUGGUGUGCGUUGUAGGGGAGAAACCAGGUCGAAACCCAGAUAGAAAAAUUGCUGUGGCCCCGACCCGCCUCACACACGACAAGUCAUCCGGCCCACAUACCGCGUGAAAUGACGGCACUUGGGCGGUCCGCUCCUGUUUGCCAGAUCUGGGCCAGAACCAAGCCAUAGCAAUGCCGCAUGUGCCACAUAUUUGCCAAAGGUGGCCAUAUUUGUUUUGUGAUAUUUGGGCCAUAUUCACCAUUUACCACACGGGGCCACUUCAGGGUCACGUCCAGAUCACAUGUUGCCCAGAGCACCGCAUCUUUGCCAGAAAAGGCCCACAUUUUGAUUUGGCAUAUUUGGGCCAUAUUUGCUACUAUACAUGGGGGCCACCUCAGGCUCACAUCCAUUUUGUCAGGGCUAGAAGAAGGCCACCAUUGCCUGCAGUGGCCCACAUCCGGACGCUGUCUGGAAAGUAGCCCUUUUCAGAUAAACGUCACUUUAAAAGAUGCCGUUACAGACAGAAACUGAUGCUCGUUGUGAUCAACAACUCACGUGUGUGUUGUAUCAAUAGCGGGUGUUAUUUUUAACAGUGCGGGACGACUUCGGUAUAAUGUGACUUUGAACGCAAGUUGCGCGUCACUCGGGACGAUAGUAACACACGGGGUGAGCCAAAAGUAAUGCAAUGGUAUAAACUGAAAUUGUUUCUAUUAAAAUGUCUUGACAGUAUCCUUGUUGACAUGCAAUUGUCAUUUUAUCUGGAUAAAACAAUAUUGAAACAAUCAAUGAUGCAACAGUUAACGGUUCAGGGAUGGAUGGAGGUAGGGGGAGAGUACGCCUGUCGCCAUCUUGCUGUGAUUGCAAA